AUGUCCGAGUUUGAGAAGCAGCAGACAACCACCAUCAUCACCGCUGGGGACGAUGGUAAAAAAGCAGAGAUUGCGUAUCCUACGGGUCUUCGCCUGGUCGUCAUCAUGCUCUCCCUCUCAUUGGGAACCUUUCUGAUGGCGCUGGACAGCACGAUCAUCUCGGUGGCUACUCCCAAGAUCUCGACCGACUUCCAUGCCUUGGACGAGGUGGGCUGGUAUGGCGCUGCCUACGGGAUGACUUUGUGCGCAUUCACCCCGGUGCUGUCCAGUUUCUACAAGCACUUCAACCCUAAGAUUGUGUAUCUGGUGGUAAUCAUUGUUUUCGAAGUGGGAUCGGUCGUCUGCGCUGCGGCGCCCUCGUCGGCCGCAUUCAUCAUCGGUCGCGCGAUCGCAGGGCUUGGAGCUGGGGGAUUGCUUCAAGGAGCAUUCGGCCUGUUGACCUAUGUCUGCGAUCUCAAGACCCGUCCACUCUUCAUGGCCAUCAUUGUCAGUCUGUUUGGCCUCAUGUCGGGGCUAGGCCCGCUGAUCGGGGGUGCUUUUACGGUCGAUGUGACAUGGCGCUGGUGCUUUUGGAUUAACCUUCCAGUCGGAGGCGCAGUGUUUGUGCUUGUCGCGCUGUUCAUGAAACUCGUUGGUGUGGACCCUGGGCCUCGCCAACUGCCUCUCCGCGAGAAGCUGCGCGGUCUCGAUGGACUCGGGGUUGUUCUGCUGUUAUCCUCUGUGAUCUGCCUCUUCCUCGCCCUCCAGAUCGGAGGCAAUCAAGUGCCCUGGUCCGACUCCAAACCGAUUGGUCUGUUCGUAGGCUUUGGUCUCCUGGCGAUUGCCUUUGGAUUCUGGCAGUGGAAGGCCGGCGACCAGGCGACGAUCCCCCUCCGGUUCUUCCGCGACCGAACCGUCAUUUGGGGCAGUCUGUACCUGUUCUGGGAUAACAUGGCCAACUACAUUGCCAUCUACUACAUGCCGUACUACUUCCAAGCCGGACGUGGGGCCACCCCCAUCCGCAGCGCCGUGGAGUACAUCUCGCUGGCGGCGCCGCUGAUGGUCGGGCUUUUAGCAGGGGGAGGCAUCACGACAGCCACCGGCCACUACAUGCCGGUCAUCCUCUUCGCGCAGCUGCUGACAGCCGUCGGCGCGGGUCUCCUGACGACCAUCCGGAUAGAGACGAGCACGGCGCAGUGGGCGACGUACAUGGCCCUGACGGGGGCCGGGCUGGGGCUGGGGGUCAAUGUGCCGCAUAUCGCGAUCCAGGCAGUCUUCGAGUCUGACAACGACAUCUUCAUCGCCAAUGGGAUCGCGAGUUUCUUCGGCCAGCUGGGCGGUGCUCUGGGCGUUCCCAUCGCCAACGCCAUACUGCUGAACGGCCUGCACACCGAGGUGCCCCGCUACGUGACGGGCAUCUCGGCAGACGCUGUCAUGGCGGCGGGAGCCACCGGCGUGGAAACCCUGUCUUCUUCCCCGGGGGUGAUUCGCGGUCUGCGCGCGGCGUGGUCGGUCGCGGUGGCAGAUGUGAAUAUUCUGCUUGUGGCUAUUAUCUGUGUGUCUGUGCCGACGGCACUGGGGAUGAAGUGGUUGAAUUUGAAGAAGAUCUCGGCGGAGAGGGAUGCAGAGAAGAGAGAAGCUGCUGCUGCUGCCGGUGGUCAGGCUGCUCUUGAAUCUACUGAUUAG